AUGGCUUUUCUUUUGGCGUUUGCAGCGUUCAGCUUUCUUGCAACUCCGGCAUUUUGUGGUUUCCCUCCUCCACCAGAAGGCAUCACCACGAUACAGAUCCCGGAUAAGCCUGGCGUGUCGAUUUCCUACAAAGAGACCACCAUCUGCGAGACAAGGGCAAAAAGCUACGCUGGCUAUGUCCACAUCCCAAGUUCCUACCUCGACGACACAGACGAGUCUGAGCCUUACAACAUCUCCACCUUUUUCUGGUACUUCGAAGCUCGGCAGAAUCCACGAAAUGCCCAAACGGCAAUCUACCUGGCAGGAGGCCCCGGUCAAUCGUCAAUGUUUGGCGCAGCACAAUCUGGCGGUCCUUGUUCAGUUUUGGCAGACUCAAACACGACAGAGGACAACCCAUGGUCCUGGAACAAAUUCGUCAACCUCUUGUAUGUCGAUCAACCCGUGGGCACUGGGUUCUCCUACACUUCGCUGGUCAACAGCACCAAAGACUUGAUGUAUCUGGUUAACCUAGAUAAUCUCAACAUCGUACCAUUCGAGAGCUACAACGGCUCUGUGCCAGCUGAGAACACCACGUUCCUGUACGGCACAUUCCCAAGUCAGGAUCCAGCAAACACUCCAGGCACGUCACAAACCGCUGCGAACACAUUAUGGCACUUUGCUCAAUUCUGGUUCACGUCAUUCCCAGAGUACAAGACCGUUGACAAGCGUGUGAGCUUUUGGGGACAUAGCUAUGGAGGCUACUGGGUUCCAUUCUCCGCGGCCCGCUUUGUUGAGCAGAAUGAAGCAAUUGAGGCCGGUAAGCUCAACGGCACAAUCCUGCCAGUCGACACAGCCGGCUGGACGAACGGCUGCACAGAUCUCCUCUACCAAGGCGAGUGGACACCAGACAUGGCUUACAACAACACAUAUGGUCUCCAAGUCCUCCCAGACGACGUGUAUGCUGCUGCCAAAGAGGCCUGGGGCGCUGAAGGCGGCGCAAGAGACCAGCUUCUCGCAUGUCGAAAGCUGGGCGAUCAGUACGAUCCCGACUUUCUGGGUUUAAACGACACCGUAAACGCCGUUUGCGCCAACGCGACACUAACCUACGGAUUAUACGUACAAGCCCCAUACAACGCCGUCUCGAACCUCAGCGUCUUCGACAUCGCACAACUCGAGCCAAGCUCGCAACCACCAUCCUACCUCGACGGCUUCUUCAACCGCGAAUCGGUCCAACGCGCCCUCGGCGUCCCCCUAAACUUCACCGCAAACUCCUACGCCACCCAACUCUCCUUCGGCUACACCACCGGCGACCCGGUUCGAGCCGCCGGCCUGAAACAAAUGGAGUAUCUCCUCACCUCCGGCGUAAAACUCUCGAUGAUCUACGGCGACCGCGAUUACAGAUGUCCGUGGCUCGGCGCCGAGAAACUCUCUCUCGCUGCAAACUGGACAGGUAGCGAAGCAUUCAGAAACGCAGGUUACGAAUAUAUUCACACGGACGACUGCUAUCCCGGCGGCGUCGUUCGACAACACGGGAAUUUGUCUUUUAGUCGAGUUUUCCAAGCCGGACAUGACGCUGCAUUUUGGCAGCCGAAGACGGUGUUUGAGAUUUUUACGAGGAGUAUGUUGGGGUUUGAUGUUGCGACGGGGAAGAUGAGUACGUUGGGAGAGAAGAAUUAUAGCUCGUCUGGGCCGGAAAGUAGUUUUGGGAUCAAGAACCCUUUGCCUGUCUCGGCGAAAAUUGGGGAUUGUAAUUUGUAUAAUGUUGAGGGGACGUGUACUAUUGAGCAGUUUUUGGCGCUGAGGGAUGGGACGGCGGAGGUGGAAGAGGGGGGGUUUAGGGUGGUGAAGCCCGUAGGUGAUGAGGGCACGACGGGGGCGUUGAGGAGUCAUUUGUGA